CGGACGUGGGGCGUCACCGGCGCCGGCGGCUUCAUCGCCUCGUGGCUCGUCAAGCGCCUCCUACAGAAGGGCUACAACGUGCGGGGCACCGUUCGCAACCCUGUUGAUCCGAAGAAUGACCACCUGAGAGCCUUCGACGGCGCCGCCGACCGCCUCGUCCUCCUCCGCGCCGACCUUAUGGAGCCCGAAACCCUCGUCGAGGCGUUCACGGGCUGUGAGGGCAUCUUCCACGCCGCUUCCCCGGUCACCGACGACCCUGAGAAGAUGAUCGAGCCGGCGAUCCGGGGGACCAAGUAUGUGAUCACUGCAGCCGCGGACAUGGGCAUCAAGCGUGUAGUGUUCACGUCCACCAUCGGCACGGUGUACAUGAACCCCAACAGGGACCCCAGCAAGCCCGUCGACGACACCUGCUGGAGCGACCUUGAAUACUGCAAAAAGACAGCGGUACGUGGUAAUUGUUUGUUUUGUUCACAUACAUAUUCAAGGUCGCUCCAGCAGGUGUCGUCGACGGGCUUGCUGGGGUCCCUGUUGGGGUUCAUGUACACCGUGCCGAUGGUGGACGUGAACACUACACGCUUGAUGCCCAUGUCCGCGGCUGCAGUGAUCACAUACUUGGUCCCCCGGAUCGCCGGCUCGAUCAUCUUCUCCUGGGUCGUCGGUGACCGGGGAAGCGGCGUGGAGCCGGCCCGGCAGCGCGGCAUCGAGCUGAUCGUGGUGAACCCGGUGCUGGUGCUGGGCCCGCUGCUGCAGCCGACGGUGAACGCGAGCACGGAGCACGUGAUGAAGUACCUGACGGGGUCGGCCAAGACGUACGUGAACGCGGCGCAGGCGUACGUGCACGUCAAGGAUGUCGCCGAGGCGCACGUCCGCGUCUACGAGGCGCCCGGCGCGCACGGCCGCUACAUCUGCGCCGAGGGCACCACGCUCCACCGCGGCGAGCUCUGCCGCGUCCUCGGCAAGCUCUUCCCCGAGUACCCCGUACCCACCAAGUGCAAGGACGAGGUGAACCCACCGGUGAAAGGGUACAAAUUCACGAACCAGAGGCUCAAGGACCUGGGGAUGGAGUUCGUGCCGGUGCUGCAGAGCAUAUACGAGACGGUGAAGAGCCUCCAGGAGAAAGGGAUGCUGCCGGUGCUACCGCCAGGCGACGACGUCCGAGACAACCUGCAUGAGCAGCUCAUGAUGAAGCCCGCCCAGUUGCUACGUAAUUAAUUAUACUCUACAUUUGGUAGGGAUAUAUGCUGUCGGCUAGUUAAUUCUAUGGGACAUGCCUGUCCAUUCGAUCGGUCAUAUAUAUGCCUACACGUAUGCACUUUUAAUUGGCGCAUGCAUGCGUGCGUGAGUGGGUGGGUUGGUUGGCGAUCAUAUGUAAGGAUCGAUCAGUGCUGUAUGACGCACAUAUGCACACAAUGUUAUAUCCAUAUAUAGUGAUAUAAAUCCACGGACUACAAUAACCA